AUGGAAUUUCAGUUUCCCUCCAUCUCUAUUCUUCUUGCUUUCCUCCUCUUUCUGUUUGCACUGAUCAGAAUUGGUGUGAAAAGAUCCACUACUAAUAAGUCAACUCCAAAACUACCCCCAGGCCCAUGGCAACUGCCUCUCAUAGGAAACAUGCACCAGCUUCUUGGAUCACUCACUCAUCAUGUCCUUAGAGAUUUAUCCAACAAAUAUGGACCACUGAUGCACCUACGGCUCGGUGAAGUUUCAACUGUCAUCGUUUCUUCGCCAGAAAUUGCCAAAGAGGUUAUGAAAACACAUGAUAUUAUCUUUGCCAACAGACCUUACCUUCUCUUUUCCCGAAUUCUCUCUUAUGAUUCUACAAACAUUGGCUUUUCACCGUACGGAGAUUACUGGAGACAACUGCGCAAAAUUUGCACAGUGGAGCUGUUGAAUUCAAAUCGGGUCCAAGGAUUUCGAUCAAUAAGGGAAGAGGAGGUCUUGCAUCUCAUUAGGUCGAUAUCUCCAGAUUGGAGAUCCCCUAUCAAUCUUAGCAAGAAAAUUUUCUCUCUGACAUACGGUAUUACUGCAAGAGCUGCAUUUGGGAAAAAAAACACAGACCAAGAAGCAUUUGUCUCUCUGGUAGAGGAAGUUGUAAAGCUGGCAGGAGGUUUCAGCCUCUGCGACAUGUACCCUUCUUUCAAAUUUCUUCAACUCAUAAGCGGAAUGAGACCUAGACUUGAGAAGCUACACAAAAGAAUUGAUGAGAUACUUGAAAACAUUGUCAAUGAUCACAAAGAGAAGAAUAUGACAACAAAAACUGGGGAGGAAGCAGCAGAGGAGGAUCUAGUAGACGUUCUUCUUAAAUUUUUGAAGCAUGGCGACCUACAAGUUCCAUUAACCGACAGAAACAUCAAAGCAGUCCUCUUUGACAUUUUAAGUGCCGGGAGUGACACUUCAUCAACAGCAGUGGUGUGGGCAAUGUCAGAAAUGCUUAAAAGCCCACAAGUAAUGAAAAGGGCACAAACUGAGUUUCCCUCCAUCUCUAUUCUUCUUGCUUUCCUCCUCUUUCUGUUUGCACUGAUCAGAAUUGGUGUGAAAAGAUCCACUACUAAUAAGUCAACUCCAAAACUACCCCCAGGCCCAUGGCAACUGCCUCUCAUAGGAAACAUGCACCAGCUUCUUGGAUCACUCACUCAUCAUGUCCUGAGAGAUUUAUCCAACAAAUAUGGACCACUGAUGCACCUACGGCUCGGUGAAGUUUCAACUGUCAUCGUUUCUUCACCAGAAAUUGCCAAAGAGGUUAUGAAAACACAUGAUAUUAUCUUUGCCAACAGACCUUACCUUCUCUUUUCCCGAAUUCUCUCUUAUGAUUCUACAAACAUUGGCUUUUCACCGUACGGAGAUUACUGGAGACAACUGCGCAAAAUUUGCACAGUGGAGCUGUUGAAUUCAAAUCGGGUCCAAGGAUUUCGAUCAAUAAGGGAAGAGGAGGUCUUGCAUCUCAUUAGGUCGAUAUCUCCAGAUUGGAGAUCCCCUAUCAAUCUUAGCAAGAAAAUUUUCUCUCUGACAUACGGUAUUACUGCAAGAGCUGCAUUUGGGAAAAAAAACACAGACCAAGAAGCAUUUGUCUCUCUGGUAGAGGAAGUUGUAAAGCUGGCAGGAGGUUUCAGCCUCUGCGACAUGUACCCUUCUUUCAAAUUUCUUCAACUCAUAAGCGGAAUGAGACCUAGACUUGAGAAGCUACACAAAAGAAUUGAUGAGAUACUUGAAAACAUUGUCAAUGAUCACAAAGAGAAGAAUAUGACAACAAAAACUGGGGAGGAAGCAGCAGAGGAGGAUCUAGUAGACGUUCUUCUUAAAUUUUUGAAGCAUGGCGACCUACAAGUUCCAUUAACCGACAGAAACAUCAAAGCAGUCCUCUUUGUGAGUUGUUUUGUUUGUUCAUUAGUAACAUUUAGUAGUAAUACUUACGAGUAACAACAACAUCAUCACCAAAUUCAAGGUAUAUUUAUUUGUAGCAUCUUAAGUAAAGAUUGAUGCUGGAGGUAAGCAUUAUGGGAAAAGACAAAUAUGUACAGAGGGUGGGUUAUUCUUUUCCUUUCUGAGAUUUGUUGUGUG